AUGACAGGCCCAGGACGCUCGUCAUCCUCGCCUUGGGUGCAGACUACCCAGGGCGGUCAUCGUGAUGGCGUUACGCAGUCCUUGCGCCCUAGCAUGUCACCCAGCACCUCAGAACGACCGAGUCCCAACUACUUCGGCAUGGCGGUGCCAACCUCCAACACACAGACGUCUAAUCCAGGACUGUCCCCGCAAAAGAGCUGGGGUGCGUCACCGCACGCACAGUCUCUCCCGAGUCCCAAAUUGCCAGUUUAUCCCAAGGAGUCUGUAUCAACGGGACUGGUGAAUAUGUUGAAGACUGAGCCUGAGGCCAACCGAAGACGUCGUGAAUCAACCUUCCAUGAUACCCCCUUCAAUGGUGAUCCCCACGGCAGACCGUCCUGGUCCAAGUCAUCAACUUCACAUCCAAGCGGAAAUGGGAUAGGAGCUGGCGCAAGUCCAGUACUCCCACAAGGUGCCCCUCUCACUGCAUUCCCCUGGGUCUCACCCGAACGCUGUGCCGAUCUUCUUGGAUCAUCACAAUCGAAUGUCAUGUUAUUUGACGUUCGCCCAUUUGCCCACUUCAGACAAGCCAAUAUCCAAGGAUCACUGAAUUUAUGCAUCCCAACCACUCUACUCAAACGUCGCUCAUUUGACACCCAAAAACUAGAAGGCACUUUCACAGAUGACAGUGAUAAACAAAAAUUUGCUCGAUGGAGAAACUGCAACGUGAUCAUUGUAUACGACUCUGCCGCUGCCGAUUCGAAAGAUGCAGCGCCUCUCUUGAACGUCCUCAAUAAAUUCCAGGCAGAAGAUUGGAAAGGAGAUGGUUUAGUCCUACAAAAUGGAUUUCAGGGUUUCUCGACUAUGUAUCCGCAUUUGAUUCAGCGGCCACAAACAAACACGACAGGGCCAUCUCCCAAACGCCGUGCGCCGAUGAGCAUUGAUCUGCAGUCUGUUGCUCCUGUCGUUGGUGGGUGUGCCCUGCCAGAAUCAUCCUCCGCUAUCAACCCCUUUUUCUCUAAUAUUCGUCAAAAUAUGGAUCUUCUCGGCGGAGUUGGACAGGUUCCCUUGAAACAGCCCGACAGCCUUACCGAUGAAAAAAGACAGUCGCUUCCUCCCUGGUUGCGGGACGCUUCAGACACAAAGGACCAAGGGCACAUCGUCUCCAACAGAUUUUUGGAUCUUGAAAAAACUGAACUCGAGCGCAUGAAGCAAGCCCUGACCUACGAAGGUUCUGCGGCAGAGGUCACUGGUGGAUCCAAGAAAUAUCGCGUUGCUGGGAUUGAGAAAGGCACAAAGAACCGUUACAACGACAUUUAUCCAUUCGAUCAUUCCCGCGUCCGACUUGAGGGGAUCCCAUCUGGGGCCUGUGACUAUGUCAACGCAAAUCACAUCCAAGCGGAAUUUAGUAAUCGGAGAUACAUUGCCACGCAGGCUCCUGUCCCUGACACAUUUUGUGACUUCUGGCGCGUGGUUUGGGAACAGGAUGUCAGACUACUUGUUUCUCUCACGGCUGAAAUCGAGCGAGGACAGGUGAAAUGCGACCGAUAUUGGGAAUCUGGAAAUUAUGGGCCGUUCGAGGUCAAAGCAUAUUCGGAGAAACACAUUCACAUUGAAUCUAAAGGCCAGCCAAUCAAUUCAACGAUCCGCAGCCCUAAUGCAUCCGCCGAAAAGCCCAAUGGCACAAACGAAAACCCCGUCAUCGUUGUACGACAUUUUAGUGUCUCUCACACAGCAUUCCCCUUCCAACCACUUCGGGAUAUCACCCAGCUACAGUACCCUUAUUGGCCCGAUUUUGGAACCACGUCUCAACCUACCCAUCUUCUCAAUCUGAUCGAGCAAUGCAACAAGGUUAUUCGUGCCACAAGCAACACUGGGUUUAGCAGCCAGCAACCGGAGCCGAAGGGUCAGCGGCCAAUCCUCGUUCAUUGCAGCGCGGGCUGUGGACGCACAGGAACAUUUUGCACCGUCGAUAGUGUGCUGGAUAUGUUGAAACGGCAACUUUCGCAGGCCAAAAAUGGCGAAGCCUUGGACCAAAACCCUACCACUUCCUCGGAUUGGAUUCGAGACCACAGCACCGACCUAAUUGCAAAGACCGUGGAGGACUUCCGGAGGCAAAGGCCAAGCAUGGUGCAGAAUCUGAGUCAAUAUGCGCUCUGCUAUGAAAGCGUGCUUGAAUGGCUCGUUUCGCAGAUGGACCAUGACAAAUCAUAA